UUCAGUUUUAUGCUACAUCAAACGGAAUAAUUCCCCAAACAGGGCUAUCCCAUAACAUAUUCUUUCUGGCAUAGAUAGUUCCCUUUGUGGAGUCAUCUCUGCAGGAGUUUCUUACCCAAAGAAUCAAUAUGAAACGUAUUUUAGAUACGGAAGAAUCACAGUCACACGAAUCACAGUCACACGAAUCCCAUUGGCUCGUGGAUACUUCCCAAAAAAUGGCAAUGGAGGUCGUGAUGCGCGCCUGUCGCAAACGUGGCGACGUCAUCUGCCAGCUCCUGAAGACGAAGGAAUAUUACAAACGCAAAGCUAUGGAGAGCACGAAUAAAGUGCACAUGUACAGAGUAAUGAUUGAGGUAGCCGAGGAACGCAACAAUGAACUCUACGUGCUGUUGAUGAAGGACAAGAUGAACACUAUACAGACGCACUCCUUCAAGUUCAGCCUGAUCGCAGACAAGGAGCAGCUGCUGCGUGAAUUGGACUUUCGUAAAAGAGAGAAUGAGGAACUACAAGCUGUGGUAGACCAGCGAAAAGCAGAGCUUUGCGCCGCACAGGUGGAGCAGCGGACAGUCCGAAAUCUACUAACCCAGAAGGAGCUGGUCGUGGUUCAACUCAGGCUACAAAACACGGAUCUCAUCAACGAGGUUAGGAUGCUCAGAAGCUUGCACAGGGGCAGCCAAUUAAGGGAGGAACGAAUAAACAAGGAACUGCAGCAUAAGUCUGAAAUGAUUGCAAUCAUGGAGAAAGAAUUAAGUUUAAUGAAGGAGGGAAUUCGGGAAUGGAACGACAAUGAGCUGAAGGAGAACGAACAACAGCUGCGUCCAUUGAUAGACCAACUGCAGGACCUCUCCAGGGAUGGCAGCUUCCUCAGGACGCAGACAGCGCAGGAUAGCAACAGCAGGAACUCCGUCUUUCAGAUACUCUGGCCAACUAGCUUGGCGAGAAAACAUUUGCCUACUAUGGAACAGGCGUUUCCUUUCUUCUUUAACCUAAAGUACAUUUUAGGUGCCUGAAACUUUGAAAAGUUGUUGUAAAAAAUUAGAAAAAUAAUUGAAAUUAUGUUAAAUUCGAAAAAAGAUUUUAA